AUCAACAUACAGUAAAUGAUUUGUGCAUUUUGUAAUCAUAGGCACCAAAUGACUAAAGAUGAUGGAGCCCAGCUUAUUUCAAGUAAACAAGAUGUUGAAAUCCAGCUCCAUUCCCUGAAGAAACAGGAACAUCGUGAAAAGAAGAUUCAUUCAGAAAUAACAGAUAAAAUCACAGAAAACACAGAAGCCACUCUUGUUCUUGUCGGCUGCAUUGACUCUCUGAAGUCUCCAGCUAUGGCCUUUGUGCGACUGAAAACAGCUGUUCAUCUGGAGUCAAUUCUAGAAAUUUCUAUCCCUAUCCGAUUUAUUUAUGUGCUCCUGGGACCCAGCACUUCCAGGAUGAACUACCAUGAAGUUGGACGUUCAAUUGCAACAUUAAUGUCAGAUCAGACAUUCCACAAAGUGGCGUAUGAAGCAAAGGAUUGCAAUGAUUUGCUGAAUGGUAUCAGUGAGUUCCUGGACUGCAGUAUUGUCAUUCCCCCAACAGAAGUUCAAGAUGAGGAGCUACUAAGAUCUGUCAUACCCUUUCAGCAUGAAAUGCUAAAGAAGAGGCAGAGCCAGCUAGAAGACACAUUGGCUGAAGGAGAUGAUCAUUCUGCUGCAAGACCAGUACCAAGUGAUGAUGAUGAUGAUCCUCUCAGAAGAACUAGGAAACCAUUUGGAGGUCUAAUCCGGGACAUCAAGCGACGCUAUCCCAAAUAUCUGAGUGACAUCAGGGAUGCCCUGAAUGCUCAGUGUCUGGCUGCAAUUAUUUUCAUUUAUUUUGCAGCUUUGUCUCCUGCCAUUACCUUUGGUGGUCUCCUUGAGGAGAAGACAAGUUGUGACAUGGGUGUUUCCGAGCUGAUCGUCUCAACAGCCGUUCAAGGAGUUAUUUUCUGUCUAAUCGGUGCUCAACCCUUACUUGUACUGGGAUUCUCAGGUCCUCUCCUAGUGUUUGAAGAAGCUUUUUAUCAAUUUUCUGUGACCAUGAAAUUUAAUUAUCUGACUGGCCGAGUUUGGAUUGGAUUCUGGUUGAUUCUCAUCGUUUUCAUUCUCGUUGCCUUUGAAGGCAGUUUCCUCGUACGAUUCAUCUCCCGAUUCACACAGGAAAUUUUCUCCAUCUUAAUUUCCCUCAUUUUCAUCUAUGAAACAUUCAACAAACUAUUCAAGAUUUUUAAGGCGCACCCCUUGCUUCCUUCUUACAAUACGACUGCGAGUGAUGGAAACACACAAAAUGUAGAGAUACCAAAGCCCAACACUGCUCUGCUCUCCCUUGUUCUCAUGUUUGGAACCUUCUUCAUAGCCAUUUCCUUAAGAAAGUUGAAAACCAGUCAAUAUUUUCCAGGAACUAUCCGUCGUAUUGUUGGUGACUUUGGUGUUCCCAUUGCCAUCUUUGUCAUGGUGCUGGUGGAUUUCUUUAUUAAAGACACUUACACACAGAAACUCUUUGUUCCAGAUGGUCUUCAGGUGACAUGCCCGCACAAAAGAGGUUGGUUCAUCAACCCGACUAAAAAUUUUCCUUGGUGGAUGAUGAUAUGUGCAGCUCUUCCAGCCAUGUUAGUUUUUAUCCUUGUCUUCAUGGAAUCUCAAAUCACAACACUUAUCAUUAGCAAGGCAGAUCGGAAGCUGGUGAAAGGCUCUGGAUUCCAUGUGGACUUGCUGUUGAUUGUGGUAAUGGGUGGAAUUAGUGCCCUUUUUGGAGUGCCUUGGCUCAGUGCUGCCACUGUGAGGACUGUCACUCAUGCUAACGCCCUAACUGUGAUGAGCAAAUCUGUUGCACCAGGUGACAAACCUCAGAUUCAAGAAGUAAAGGAACAGAGAAUAACUGGACUAGUGGUUGCUAUUCUAGUGGGUGUAUCUAUUGUCAUUGGAAGAGUUUUGCGUAUGAUCCCACUUGCUGUUCUGUUUGGAAUCUUUUUGUACAUGGGAGUGACAUCUUUGAAUGGAAUUCAGCUAUUUGAUCGAAUACUCCUGCUCCUGGUCCCACCUAAAUAUCACCCAGACUGCGUUUAUGUCCGCAAGGUUCGAACCAGGCGCAUGCAUUUGUUUACUAUCAUUCAGAUUCUAUGCAUUGCAAUUCUGUGGGCAAUCAACAAGUCUGUAGCAGCCUUGGCUUUCCCCUUCGUGCUCAUCCUGACUGUUCCCCUCAGAAUGUUUGUACUCAACAAGAUCUUCACAAAAGUAGAGAUGAGAAGUCUGGAUGGUGAUGAAGCAGAACCUACCUUUGACGAGAAAGAAGGAAUAGACGUUUAUGAUGAGACAAUAAUGCCAAACUGAGGAUGUCUCGCCCUUACAAGGACACCUUGCAAAUGGUGCCUUACAAAACAACAGCAACAUUCACCUUUGUCUUACUUAUUCUUCUUUGUUUGUUCAGGAAAAUCUGCAUAAUAGCCAAAGAUGACGAAGAAUGAUUCUUGUCUAAUUUUCUAAUUACAUAAUCAAUGCUUAUUUUAGUCUUAGCUUUAAAGAUGUACAUAUAUUAAAUUACAAGACCAGCCAGUAGUUGGGGCUAAAUGAAAACUCAUUGUGAUCAUGGUAAACUGAUUCAGAAAUCUGAUCACACUUUCCCCAGGUUUAAAAGAAAACUUCAGAGACUCAUUGACAAGAAAUAAAACUUUAUACCAUUUGCUCAAAGACCCUGCAGUUUUUUUUUCUGUUUAAACCAGGGUAAAAAUGGAAUGUUAAGUAUUCAUUGUUGUCUCCAUUUUAAGCUGAUUUGCUAAAGCCAUUGCCCAUUUUGAUUCCAAUUCCAUAGUAAAUAAUAUAAAAUUUAGAACUGCAGAUGCUAGAGACCAGGAACAAACACAGAAAAUGUUGGAGAAACUCAGCACAUCUGGCAGCAUUGUGGGGAGCAAACAAGAUUAGCAUUUCGAGUCUGGUGACCCUUCAUCAGAUCCUUUAUCUGAUAAAUGGUCACUGGAUUCAAGAUGUUAACCUUGCAUUCACCCCACAGAUGCUGCCAGACCUGAUGAAUUUCUCCAGCAACUUCUGUUUUUGUUCAAUCGUAAGUAAUGUUACUAUGGGUCUAGAUAAUGAUACUGAAGAGUUAUUGCUGUCACUUCAUGUUCAAACUAGUUAUAUUAUAUUCCAAUGUGCAAUUGUAAAUCCUAUAGAAUGUUAUUUUUUUAACAUGUUCUCCUAUCAUUUUACAGGGUAAGCACAAAGCAUAAAAUUUUUCACUCUAUUGUACGUUUUGGGUUACUGAGUUUCUACAAAGAAAUCAAAUAUACCUUAUAAAAUAAGUUAUUUUAUUCAUAAUUAUUUUACAAAUUCAACUUUAGAGAAAUCAGAUGAAAUUUAUAGUUUUGAAUCGAGUGUUUGAUGGAAAAAGUCCUUUAAGAAUUUUGUAGACUGAACAUUUACAUUGGGGAGUUUUAUAGAGUGGUAACAGGUAUGGAGGGCGCAGUUACCACCUUGCCUCUUCAGUGUGCAUUACUUAGAUGCCCCCCAAAUUCAUUGCCUUUAGUAUAGAUGCAGGCAAGUUCACAAAGGUUUGGGGUCGGAGUUGGUAAAUUUGCCAACCCUCUCCUGCCCUUUGCGAGUUGUGAGAGAGGGAUAAGCAACCCUCCAAUCCUUCCCCUUAGUCUCUCAAGAGUACCUCGUGUUGCUCUGAAUAGUUCAGUCACUAAUUUGAUUCUCAAUACAUUUGAAGGAGAAACCUUCAUGCUUUAAAAGACUUCUUUCAACAGAUUCUAUAUGCUCUUUUUCAAAAUAAAUGGCUAGUCUCCAAAGGAAAGCAGUUUAUAUUCUCUGUUGAAUAUUUUAAUCAAGUGAGAUGCUUUUUUUAAAAAAAAUUACACUUUGCUUCAGUCAAGUUCCAGAGAAGUCGCCUGAUUCCUUUAUGUGCUGUUUUUAUUUUGUUGUAUACUUACUGACACAUUUUACUCUUGAUCCCUUUGACAAAUGUAUUUUGCUAAUUCAUCCCUCAUUUCUGAUUUGUGAAUCUUACUUACCCACACAGUGGAGAUUGAUGCCUGAGUGAAAUAGCACAAUCUCAGUCUUUCCUCUGUUGGACUAUAUGCAAGGGAGAAACUCCUUGUGUCUAACUAGACUUCAUUUUCUGAUUGAGUUUGGAUAUUCAUAUACAGGUUAACUGCAUAAUAUCUCAGAGAAAGGUAAGCACAAGCCAUAAAAACCCUAACAUUUCAUCACUUUUUAAAAAUGCAGUUUAAGAUCAUUCAAAUUUUACUCAGGCAUCAUUGAAAAAGAUUUCCUGCAUCAUAUUAAGUAGUGAACACUUGUGAAAAAUUAUUAUGAUUCUGAGAGAUGAAGGGAUAGAAGUGAAAACAUCUUAAUGAUAAACUCAUAGUCUUUUGAUUACUAAAUGGUGUGCUUCUUUCAGUUUGUUUUGCCUUUUUUUAAAAUAAAGAUUAUAUAUGUUUAAACUA